AUGGGAACAAUCGACAGCUUUCUCGACCUGGAGCUCUGCGAGGUUGUGCACGACAGCGACAACGAGCCCAGGGAGCGCAAGAGGGGGCAGCUGAAGGUGACCUUCAAGGGCGUAGACCAGGACCUCUCCACCUGCGCGUGCGGGACCGAGUUCCCUCUGGACGCGGCCUACUGCAGGAGGUGCGGCAAGGCCGCACCGCCCGCGGACGUGACCAUGCAAACUCAAGCUGGGCGUCUUCUUCCAGUGCCCCGACUGGCUGUCCAACGACGGGGCGUCCCCCGCCUGCAGCAGGGCGUCGCCGGCCUGCAGCAGGUCGCGCCCGGAGGACCCACCGCACGCCGAGGCCCCGCAGGCCCUGCCUGGCGAGGGCGCCGCCCAGCGCCCCGCGCACGGCGCGGCGGCGGGCGAGCCAGGCGUGGGCGACAGCUGCGGGAGGGCCCCCCGCUCCGUGCGUAG